AUGGUGAAGAAACAGCCGGGAGCAGAGAACAUUCGUGUGGUUGUUCGAUGCCGAAACUUGUUGCCGUACGAGGCGGAGCGUGGUGACAAGGCUCUUGUGCGUCUUGACCUUGCGACAAAUCAGGUCAUUGUGCAGCAUCCUAUUGGGGAUGCCGACACCUUUGCGUUUGACGCUGUAUAUAACAACACCUAUACACAACGUGAUAUAUUUCUUCAGGAGGUGCAGCCACUUGUCGAGGCUGUACUUCAAGGCUAUAAUGCAACGGUCUUUGCGUACGGUCAGUCAGGAUCCGGCAAGACGCAUACAAUGACAGGUAAACUAAGUGAUCCCCAAAUGUGGGGUAUGAUGCCGCAGGUUGUGAAUUACCUCUUCAACGAGGUGAGGAAGUUGUCUACAACCACCAAAUCAUUCAAGAUCAAGGUUUCUUAUGUUGAGCUUUACAACGGCAAGUCCCGGGAUCUUUUGGCUUCGAAGCAGGUCAAUCUUGAAAUAAAACAAAACAUGGCUAAAAAUUUUUAUGUAAAGGGCGCCGAAAUGCCAGAGGUGACAAGUUUUGAUGAGGCUAUUCGGUGGUUUAACGCUGGAACAGACCGACGACAGACCGCCUCCACCGAAUUGAAUGAUACCAGCAGCCGAUCCCACUCACUAUUCACUCUUCAGGUAGAGCAGUUUGAUUUUGAGCAAGACCCAAGCUCCCCCAUUGUUCUCACGAGCAAAAUCAACGUUGUGGAUUUGGCAGGGUCGGAAAAGUUGAGUAAAACGAAUGCCACCGGAGAAACUGCGAAGGAAGGGUGUAACAUCAACCUGUCGCUGUCGGCGCUCGCAACUGUCAUUGACACCAUUGUCAAGGGUGGAAAACAUAUUCCGUAUCGGGGUUCGCCUUUGACGAUGCUGCUUAAGGAUUCUCUUGGGGGUAAUGCAAAGACUGUUAUGUUUGCCAACAUUGGACCAUCCGAAAAAAAUAUAUCAGAAACUAUAUCAACUCUUCGUUUUGCCCUCAGAGCGAAACAGAUUGAAAAUAAGCCCAUUAAAAAUAUGGAUCCGAAGGAUGCUCGUAUCCAGGACCUUUUGGAUCAGAUUGAGGAGCUAAAGAGCAGAUUAGGGAAUGUUGAUCUUAACCAGGAGGACCAACUUCGACAGCGCAUUGAGGAGCUGGAGAUUGAAAAUGCCGAUCUUCGGGGCGGGGGCGUACAAAACAACAUUGAACUUGAAGAAGAUAUUCGUAUUCUUCAGGCGAAGCUGGAGGAGGCAAACGGGAUGGUUGCGGAGAAACAAAAAGAAUUGGAGAAGGGAAUAGAUGGACGCUCGCUUUUGGAAUGGAAUCUUCAAAAUGAACUGGGGCGUGGGAAGGAGCUUCGCUCUCUUGCAAUGAACUUCAUUAAACAGGUAUGCCAUGAAGAGCAGAUACAGGCAAUUCGAAGUAAAAUGCCACAGGAUGGCUCGUACAAUACGACGGAUGACGGUUGGGAUGUGAAGGAGAUUGAGUUCUACUUGCGUGAAUUUGCCGCUAUGUACGAAGCCUGGCGACAAUCUACAUACACGCGAGAAGAUCUAGAAAAAUACGCCCAUUUGUCUGUUACUGGUGCACUGGAACAAACCCAGCGGCAACUGGAUGAGGUAGCCCGCGCUCGUGAUGAGUUGGUGCGCCUGCGUCAAGAGGACUCAGUAAAACGCGCGGCGGAAAAUGAGUUGGUUUCUCAGUUAAGGGUAGAUUUAAGCACCCUUAAGGACGAGAAUACAAAGCUGCGGGAAAAGGUUGAACGAGACCAGGAGCGAAUGAAGGCGAAAAUUUCCAAAAACAAGGAGGAAUACAAGUCUUUGGCGGAGGAACUGGAACGCUCCAAGGCUUUGGUAACGGAAAAGGAACGCGAUAUUGAGAGGUUGAAGCGGAUUUCAGAGGAAACUGGCAACAAUGCCAUAAUUUCUGCCUCCACUGGCGGUGGAGCGUCAUGGGCCAACGCGGACGAGCGAACCGCCAUGCUUCAGCAGUUAAAUGAAGAGAAGAAUAUCAGAAAAGCCCUCGAGUCACGCAUCAGAGAAGUGAACGUUUCACUUCGCCGCUAUGGUGUUUGCAUCGCGGAUGCCAAGGAGGUUACAAAUGAAUCCCGCGAAGUUUCCGAGGCCACCGACGCAUUUAUUCUUGCGGCGUUGGAGGAGAAAGACACCAUGGAUGGGGAUCUUUGCGCCAAGUUACAGCAGCAACUGCGAGUAAAACAGCGACUCACAGAGCUUCGUCAUCAGCACCAGCGAAAGUUGGACGAUAUGCUAAGGAAGUAUGAACUUAUCAAAACUGGGAGAACCACGGCGAACAGCGGUGCCGGCGCUGACAACAACAUGCUUCAUUCUGGUCUCGCGGAUGAAGCCACCGCACAGCAGAUAAAGGAAUUGCUUCAUCGGAAAGAUGAAGAGAUUGAACGCGUGAUAAAAGAGAAGGAAAAGACAUGUGAUAGAAUUGUGAAGAAACUCAACAAGUGCGAGCUGAGAAUAAAAGAAUUAGAGGCGACACUUGAAGAAGAACGUGUGCAAUCCACUGAGGAGCGUCAGGAGUUAGAUCGUGAAAAUCGUGAGCUUCAACGGUACAACCAACAGCUUUCGGUGGAGCUGGAAACUCUACGAGGUCAGUUGAGUGAGAUGAAGGAGGAGAUGGACUUCAUGGAGCGUGCAAAGAGCGCCGAGAUUGAACGAUGGAAAGAGGAAGCAGCGAAUGGCGCUGGACGCCUGGAAGAGAUGCGCUUUAAGAUGGCCGCAUACAGUGAGCUUCAAAAGAGUUAUGAUCGACUGCAGGAACAGCUUCAACGUACCGAGGUUUCACUAAAAGAAAAAAGUGACAACCUUGAGAAUACCAGACAAAUGGUGAAGUGGUCCAAUUCCCUCCUUGCUACAGAGAAGCAGAAGGUGGAGCAGAUGGAGAUGAUGUUGAAGCAACAGGAGGUUGAGAUGCGUCGCCGUGAAGAGCAACUAAAAUCUGAAAUGAUGAAUGAUAUCAACAAACAAGUUGCCGCAAAUAAUCGCCGUAUGCAAGACCAGGCCGCGCAGUACCAGGAGCUUAUAUCCCAAGAGCAGGAUAAACAAAAGUCAAUUAUGAAAAAGGUGAAGAGUUCAAGGAAAGAAACACAAAAGGCAGCUCAACGAUAUGAUGAGAUGAUUUUGGAAAACGAGGCCCUAUUGUCGAAACUUGAAGAGCUAAAGGUAACUUCUAUGAGGAUAUUUCUGGAGAAGCAGGAGGCACAAAGGGAGUUGGAAGCAUUACGUCCCACAAAGCAUGUUGCUAAUCGACGUCUCUGA